CACAGCCCGAUUGAAUGUGAUCUGCAGGGUCCGUUUUCAUCCCGCUCUUGGCAGCACGCCACAGCCCCUCCAUCCACAGUUUUUCCGCGGCCAUCCAUCGCCACACCUCCGCACUGCAGUCUACCACUUCUCCCACGACCUCCACGACGACGACGACGCCAACGACCGCAACGAUGUCCCUCGAAGCCAUCCGCUACCGCCGCGGCUCCCUCACGAUCCUCGACCAGCUGCGGCUGCCGCACGUCAGCGAGUACGUCACCAUCAGCGACUGCCGUGAUGCCUUCUCGGCGAUUGAGCGAAUGGUAGUCCGGGGGGCGCCCGCGAUCGCCAUCGUCGCCGCGCUCGCGCUGGCCGUGGAGCUAUCCUGCAGCAAGAUUGAGUACGCCAGCGGCGCGAAGAUGGCGGACACCAUCUGCGAGCGGCUCGAGUACCUCGUGGGGUCGCGGCCGACGGCCGUGAACCUUUCGGAUGCGGCGCGGAAACUCAGCAAGGUUGCCAGGGACGCGGCGGAGGCGGGCGAGGGCCCCGAGCAGGUGAAGGAGCGCUAUAUUGUGGCCGCGGAGAAGAUGCUGCAGGACGACGUCGAGGAUAACAGGAACAUUGGCGAUCACGGCGCGAAGUGGAUCUUGGACAAUGUUAACCACGGCGACCUGCACAUGAAGCCCGUGUCGGUGUUGACGCAUUGUAAUACCGGCUCCCUGGCUACCGCUGGCUACGGAACCGCCCUCGGCAUCAUCCGAUCUCUACAUGCCAUGGAGUCGUUGCAGCAUGCCUACUGCACCGAAACGCGGCCGUACAACCAGGGAUCGCGGCUCACAGCCUACGAGCUCGCGACGGACCUCCCGCAGGGGAUGGCUACGCUCAUCACGGACAGCAUGGCGGCGUCGUUGUUGGGCCGGUACCAGCUCGCGGCGAUCAUUGUCGGUGCGGACCGCGUGGCGGCGAACGGUGACACGGCGAACAAGAUCGGGACGUUCCAGCUCGCCAUUGUUGCCAAGUAUCAUGGGGUCAAGUUUGUGGUUGCGGCGCCGACGACGAGCAUCGAUAUGGGCACGGCCAGCGGUAAUGAUAUCUGCAUUGAGCAGCGGCCGGCGCACGAGGUGCUCAUGGUCACUGGCCCCGUGGUGACGACCAAGCCCGAGGGUGGUCUGAGUGUUGACGUGCAGUCGGUGGCGACGAUUGCACCCGGCAUGGCGGGUAGGAUCGGUGUUUACAACCCGAGUUUCGACGUGACACCGAAGGACCUGAUCGAUGCAAUUGUCACGGAGAAGGGUGUGAUGGUGAAGAAUGAGAACAAUGAAUUUGAGCUGGCCCAGCUUUUUGUAUAGAUACCACAUGGCAGUAAGCAAGGGAGGGAGCCGAGAGCCCCGACACAAUUUGGGGGGUGGGGGAGAAGUGUGCGGUUGGUUUCAUGUGGUAUCGCAUUGAUAGAACACCAUUCUGCCUGGGCAG